ACAGAAGAAAAUUCCAAUGACAGCAGCCAGCCAUCCAAAAGACGACGUAUGGGUUCAGGGGACAGUUCUCGGAGCUGUGAAACUUCUAGUCAGGACCUUGGAUACAGCUACUUUGAAAACUUGAUAGAAUACAAGUGGCCACCGGAUGAAACAGGAGAAUACUAUAUGCUUCAGGAGCAAGUCAGUGAAUAUUUGGGUGUGACUUCCUUUAAAAGAAAAUAUCCAGAUUUAGAAAGACGAGAUCUAUCUCACAAGGAGAAGCUCUACCUCAGAGAACUAAAUGUUAUCACAGAGACUCAGUGCACGCUAGGUCUAACAGCUUUGCGUAGUGAUGAAGUAAUUGAUCUUAUGAUUAAAGAAUACCCUGCCAAACAUGCUGAGUAUUCUGUUAUACUGCAAGAGAAAGAACGUCAGCGAAUAACAGAUCAUUAUAAAGAGUACUCUCAAAUGCAGCAGCAGAACACACAGAAAGUAGAAGCCAGUAAAGUUCCAGAAUAUAUUAAGAAAGCUGCCAAGAAAGCUGCAGAAUUCAACAGCAACUUAAACCGAGAACGGAUGGAAGAAAGAAGAGCCUAUUUUGAUUUACAGACACAUAUUAUCCAGGUGCCUCAAGGAAAAUACAAAAUCUUGCCUACAGAGAGAACAAAGGUUAGUCCUUAUCCAGUGGCUCUCAUACCCGGUCAGUUCCAGGAGUACUACAAAAGAUACUCUCCAGAUGAACUUCGUUACUUGCCAUUAAACACGGCUCUUUAUGAACCUCCCCUGGAUCCAGAGCUGCCUGCAUUAGACAGUGAUGGAGAUUCAGAUGACGCAGAGGAAGGGCGAGGUGAUGAAAAGCGGAAAACCAAAGGCAAUUCGGACAAUUCGUCUGGCAAUGUAUCUGAAGGUGAUUGCGCCACAGACAACCAGGAGGAUUCUUUUCAGGGAAGACAAAAAACAAGAGACAAAAGUGCUACUCCAAGAAAAGAUGGUUCCAAACGUUCUGUAUUAUCCAAAUCAGUUCCUGGGUACAAGCCAAAGGUCAUUCCAAAUGCUAUAUGUGGAAUUUGUCUGAAGGGUAAGGAGUCCAACAAGAAAGGAAAAGCUGAAGCUCUUAUACAUUGCUCCCAGUGUGACAACAGUGGCCACCCUUCUUGCCUUGAUAUGACCCCGGAGCUUGUUGCUAUGAUUAAGACUUAUCCUUGGCAAUGUAUGGAGUGUAAAACAUGCAUUGUAUGCGGGCAGCCUCACCACGAAGAAGAAAUGAUGUUCUGUGACGUAUGUGACCGUGGUUAUCACACUUUUUGUGUGGGGCUUGAUGCUAUCCCUUCAGGUCGCUGGAUUUGUGAUUGUUGUCAGAAAGACUCUCCCGUUCCCAGAAGAGGAGGAAGAAGGGGGAAAAACAGCAAGGAGGGCUAACCCCCCCCCCCAAAAUUGCUAUCUAAAACUUACCUGCACAAAUUAAAGUGAUACUUUGGUGCUAUUUAACCAACCACUCUUAAGAGGAACAAUACCACUUUUUUUUUUUCUUUUUACCAAAUAAACUUUUAAU